UAUACCUGGCCCCCCCGUCCCCCCACAUAUACAGCGAGUGGGAGACGGCGGUUUGAGUUGAUGCGCGUUAUAAGCUCGCCAAUUAUGGUUCUCGGGUGUUUACGUGUGAAUGCUGCAAACAUUGGAGAUUGAAUUUCUGAGCAAAGCGCCGCUGAGUCUUGAGUUACUCAUGUAUUUUAUACAUGGCGUAUGUGAUGGUCUAUAAAGGAAUGGCCGCCAUCACCACGCUCCUCCUCCUCGUGUCAAGUCUUGCGGCGGCGGGGGCGGCGGCGGCACCGACCCCAGACUCCGAGAAGCGACAGGACGACGACCCCAUGGGCACGUUUGUGAAGUGCCUGUCCGGCUGCAUGAAGCGCGACCCCAGCGAAUUCGAAGCGUGUGGGGACGAAUGCCUCAGUGCCAUGGGCGGCGGCGAUGGUGGCGGGGGGGAUGAUGGUGGCGCCGGCGAGUGAUCCCCUGGGCCUUGGCGUGGUUGGGUUCAGAGGAGUGGCCUCCGUUGUGCUUGCUUGUCGGUCGAACCUGCGUGUUGCUGCUCUAUGGAGUGGAUGGGUUUGGCGGCCGAUCGAGAGAGCGCGGAAAGACGCCUCUGGGGACUGGGGGUGAGUGAGUGAGUGAGUGCUUGUGGGAUGGAUGGAUGGACGCACGGAUGGAGGCCCAAGGCGGCGGCGGCGAGCAGGGCGCGUUUCGCGAUCGGGGGGAAAGGCAGAUAAGGUAAAUGAUAAGCUCGCGCAGCGUCAUUGACCAGGCAAGGGGUAUGAUGCCCCCCGCGAGAGAUAAUAGGACCAUGGUAUCAAGCCGGCAGCUAGUAGCCCGUAUCUAUCUCCCCC